AUGCCAGUUGCAAGUUUGCGCACGGGCACCCGGCAGUGGACAUUUGACAGCGCAAACUUUCAGGCACGCCGACCUGCGGGCAACGGAUGCAGUGUACAAGAUGGAGCUCUGCCACACGUGGUUACGCGGCACGUGCAAGGCAGUGUGGCCACCUUGGUAAGUUACAUUAUGCAAGAAGGCGUGCGCCAACUUGAUUCAACCGACGGAAUCAGGACCACCGACUUGCACGUGAACUCUGGUCACGCGACAUCAUACUACAUCAUACCUGUCAAGCUAAUGAAGAGCCAGCUGGCACCAGCUGCAGGGCAUGCCUCCCGCUAUGCGCACGGCGAAGAAGAGCUGCGAGGAAAUGACAGCACCGUGCCGGACAUGACUGGCGGUGCGGAGAGCUUCGCGUAUUUCGCGCCAGCGGGCUACACGAGCAGCGCCUGGGAAAAGGACUGCCAGGACCAGCUGGACCCAGAGCCGGAGCCGAUCGCCACCGCGGAGAUGCCGGAGCCUCCUCGCUGCCGGCGCUGGGGACGCGCCAAGGCUAAGGCGGCCGAGGCCCAGGCGGAAGAGGACCAGGCGGCCGAGGCCCAGGCCGAGGUCAUUCCCGAGGUCCUCCUGAACACCGGAGUCGCUUGCGUCGAAGCUCUUCGAGCGCCCGUGGACCCGGGCCAAUGGAGCACCGAGGAUGUGGUGCAGUGGCUCACGGAAGCGGAGAGCGGCAAAUUUCAACGGUACAUCCAAGUGUUCCGUGAGAAGGGCAUCGACGGGCAAGCUCUGCGCAGUCUGACAUCUGCACGGCUGAAGGAGGAGCUCUGCAUGACCGAGCUCGGCCCCAGAAAGGCCCUUGCCUUGGCCAUUCAGAAGCUCUUCGCAGCCUGA